CACCUUUGUAUCUUAGAAAACCCCUCUUGGAAAUUUUGACUCAUCAUUGAAACUGGCCCUUUUUCAUAAACAUGGUACCAAAUCCCAUGUUUGGUUCAAACCACAAAGUGGUUCAGGAUGACUGCAAAACCUAGGAGACAUUAUUUUGUUCAUCACAGCUCAAGGCACAUUUUAGUCACUCGCAGUUCUCCCUCUUUUUCUAUUAAGUGAUACUUAGGCCGUGCAUGUAGGCGCAUACAGGAGGCCCUGACACUCUCCACCAACAUUCUCUCACUCCUUCCUUUAAGCGGAUACUUUGUGGCAAAUUAUUUAUGAACCAUGAACCAUGGCCUCUGCCUUCACCCUCUGCUUCCACUGUAAAAGCAGAGAUUGCACUUUGCACAGUUAUCUUUUGCAAUAAUCCUUUACUAAAGCUCAAAAUGCACCAGGCCAGCAGAAAGCUUGCUGCAGUGGGGCUUCUACACUACAGCGCUAUUGCUGUCACUCCCUUGACCUGUGAGGUGGAAUGAUCUGAACACUGGAAAAGCAGGUUAGAUCCCAAAGUUAUCUGUCUAGUAAAGUCUUUUUUAAAAGCAUGUUACAUGGGGUUGAGGGAUUUUCCUUGUGUUACACACUGGACAGGAGUAGGAUAAAAUAUCUUCUUUUAAAGAGCCAUACAAGAUAUACAACCACCUCCAGUGUUGAUAAACCUGAAUGCAGUCACGCCUCGGGAAGGGAGGAGACUUCCUUUUAUUCACUUAUUAUUCACCUGCCAGUUACGCUGUGAUCUCCCUGCCACUGUUUCACCACUAGCCAGGAAGCAGGCACCCGGGCAGCCAGGUCACUCGCUCACUCCCUGCGCACCGCCGGCUCCGGCGCCCUCCGAAGAGGCAAGACCGGGCCCAUCGAGGGGAAGGGGUGCGGGGUAGGGUGGGGAUCGGGCAACGCUUCGCCCUCUGACCGGCAGGAGCGGCGGGGAGGGCGGGGGGGCAGCACGUGGCGGCGCGGGGUGCGACGCCGGCGGCUGUGCCCGCCGCGGGGGGUGGGAUGCGGCUGUGCGAGCGGAGUCUCCCGCCGGGGCGGCGGCGCGGCGCGCUACUGGUGGCCGCACUGCUGCUGGUGGCCGCCCUAGGCCUCCGCAGCAUCAGCCAGACCUGCCCCGACGGCCACCAGUCCGCCGCCCCAAACCAACCCCACUGCCGCCAGCGCCUCUACCGGGCGCUGGAGCUCUCCCCCGGCUGGAGGAUCAACUGCUCGGGGAUCAUCCACGGGGAUGAGAAGGCUAUGCAGGAGGCCAAGCUCGGACGCCUGGAGGUGGCGAACAAAAGGGCUCCCCUGUUGCCCGGCGACUACCUGAACAUGACGAAGGACUGCAGCAACUUCAGGGCGACCCGGCGGUUCAUCGAGUUCCCGCUGAGCCAGGAGGAGGCAGAGUUCCCCAUCGCCUACUCCAUGGUCAUCCACAACAAAAUUGAGAUGUUCGAGCGGCUCCUGCGGUCCAUCUACACCCCCCAGAACGUCUACUGCGUCCACGUUGACAGCAAGUCCCCGGCUGACUUCCAGGAGGCCGUGCGGGCCAUCGCAGCCUGCUUGUCCAAUGUCUUUGUGGCUAGCCGCCUGGAAAGUGUGGUCUAUGCCUCCUGGUCCCGAGUGCAGGCUGACCUCAACUGCAUGCAGGACCUGUUGCAGAGCCCCGUGCAAUGGCGCUACAUCCUCAACACCUGCGGCACCGAUUUCCCCAUCAAGACCAAUGCCGAGAUCAUCCGUGCCCUGAAGGUGCUGCAGGGGCAGAACAGCAUGGAGUCGGAGAAGCCCUCGGCCUUCAAGCAGGCGCGCUGGAAAUACCACCACACAGUGGGGACGGCCAUCUCUCGGACAACUGUGCAGAAACUGCCGCCACCCCUCAGCUCUCCCAUGUUCACAGGCAACGCAUACAUUGUGGUCACACGGGCCUUCGUGCAGCACAUCUUCGAGAACCCCACGGUGCAGCGGUUCUUCGAGUGGGCCAAGGACACCUACAGCCCUGACGAGCACGUCUGGGCCACCCUCAACCGCAUGCCCGGUGUGCCGGGUGCCACACCCCCGAACGACAAGUACCAGCUCUCGGACAUGAACGCCCUGCCCCGACUGGUCAAGUGGCAGUACCUGGAGGGCGACACCAGCAAAGGUGCACCAUACCCGCCCUGCACCGGCACGCACCAGCGCUCCGUCUGCAUCUACGGGGCGGGCGACCUGCCCUGGAUGCUCCAGCAGCACCACCUCUUGGCCAACAAGUUCGACCCCAUGGUGGACGAUGUCGCCAUCCAGUGCCUCGAGGAGCAUCUGCGCCACAGUGCCCUCUACGGCCGGGGGCUCUGAGGGGAGGCGGCGGAGACCCUCGCCAGCCUCAGGUGAUUCAGGCACGGCGUCGCCUCAGGGGCGGCGGAAGCGGCCGGAAUCCGCGCCCUGAGGAGCGGAGUGGAGGGCGGAUUCGUGUUACCCGCGCUGGCGGAGGGAUCCCUCCGCGGGGCGGCAGGGAAAGGCUCCGCAGCAGCCCCCCCCCGAGCAGAAGAAGCCGCCGGGCGCGGGAAGGGACUAACGGUCGUAACGGCCGCCUCAGGGAAUGGCCGGUGUUGAACACCGCACCCCGGCCCGCCCGCCGGCUGCUCCUCAGAGACACCGUGCGAGCGCCGGCCCUCCCGGGCCGCUUCCUCACAGACUCUCUUGAAGAGACGGGGGUAGGGUAUUUUUCCAUUCUCCUUUUACAUGGACCCCAAGGCUUCUUGUUAUAGAGCGGCAGGGCCAGGUCAUGGGCCACGGUGACUCUGCAUCCUGCUACAAGCAGAGCAGAAACUAAUUAAUUUGCUUUUCUACAAAGCGCCUGGCAGGCCACCUGCUCCUGGCACCUGCUGCACUGCUCAGCUUAACAUCUGUCUGCUGCAUUUGCAUCGCUCUAAAGUUUAAUUUCUAUCAA